AUGGCAGUGGUCGGCGGGCGCCCACUGUUCGAUAAUACCAUAGGAAAAUAUGGUUCAGAGGGCCCUUUUGACGCUACUCGAGCUCUUGGGGUAUGGGUUAUUGUCCUCGAUAAGCCAGGCCACUUCAUGGAAGGCGCAGAAUAUCGUCACCUCCGGGGCGAUUCCAUUGCUGUCGAUGUGACUAGCGAUGCCAAUCUGCCGCAAACUCUUGCAGCAGCCAUCAAAGGCCGUAAAAUCGAUGGCAUCAUUAAUUACUACAAGGAUGAGACGCGGAAAUUUCCCAACACUCCCAACUUGCAGACUCUGCGGCUGCACAACACAGCGCAAUUGGGUGAAUCAUCUUUUGCUGGAAAACUUGAGAAUUUAAGAUACCCUCUGAUAGCCAAGCUGUGCCGCGGUGGCGCCUCUCAGGGAGCCAAGAGAGUUCAAGAUCGAUCAGGGCUAAGACAGGCGACGCGGCAAAUGUAG